AUCGGGACGAUCAGACUUAAGUGGAGGGCAUUGUAACGAAAAUGGCACCAGAACAAACUAGAAUUGACAAUCGAAAUCGAUAACUUGCCAGAUGUAUCUAGAGAUCGAUAUUCGUAGUUGCCAGUUGUCGAGUAACGAUGCAUCGCUUACAAUCGACUAUAUAAGGGCUGUCGGACUGGCAGGAAGACACAGUUCUGAUAAGAGCGUUGUCGAGUGAGGACAAUUCUAAGGAGAGAGUUGUCGAGCUAAGUGUAAACAAGUUAUAAGUUAGAGUUGUAAAGUGGAGUAUUGAGUACUAAAAGGUUAAGUUAUAAGGAAUUAGAAAUAAAGAUUAGUGUAUAGCCAUUAAAGUGUGACUUUUAUUUGACAAUCCAUUGAUCGAACUCAGGGUAGAGUUUUAGAGUAAACGAUAGAUUUUGGAAAUCCGUUACAGUAUGUAUAAGAGAGAGAUGCACAAUGAACCGAUCACAAUCUCCGCCAUGGUCGCCAUUCAUAUGAAAAGAAAAUUUGAAGUGAGUGGAUAGCGGUACUAUCCUUGACUGGAUGCUGCAGCUUAUUUUAAGGAAAUGACUGCAGAAAAUCGCAUAGCAAGCUGCAACGCACAUCUGGUGCAUACAUACGAAACUAAAAAGAGAAGCAGAACAAGGAUUAUGGCACUUUAGGCAGAUGGAUAUUUGUAAACUUACGAGGAAAAAUUAAAGCUCAAUUCAAAUACACAAUAAAUGUAAAAUCGUACAACGCAACAGGCAAAUAACAAGGCAUCGAAUGAUGUACUACAAAUUACAUCGGACUUUUGGAGUAGCACUUUCUACACUUAUUUUCGACGUGCUAAACAGUAUCUCCUAUGAUGCCUUGGAUCUACACAAUUUUUCAUUGGUGGCUACAAUGUCUGAAAGCACUAAUAAUGUUGAGGAAUACAAUUUGGAAAUAUGUACGUGGGAGAGCAUGCCUGCAUUGCCACAGCACUUACGGGGCAUGAAUGUGGCGCUAUUGAAUGAAGGCAUCUACGCCAUUGGACACUGUGUAUAGGUUAGACAAUAACGGCACAGAGUGGCAGCAGGUCGCCAAUUUGUUGAAACCACGUUUUGAAGCAAACGUCACGGUAUUUGAGGAUAAAAUAUACGUUUUUGGUGGCUUGUCAGUUGCAGGAACACCACUUGGCGAUUGUGAAUGCUAUGACGCAGUGACCAAUACUUGGAAACAAUGUGUUGAUAUGCUGGAACCAAGCGGUCAUGUUGGUUUGACAAUAGCAAAGGGGCAAAUUUAUGUGUUAGGCGGUACAAAAAGUGUUGGUGGCGUUUGUGUGCAAUCUUAUGAUCCAUUAAAAAAUGUGUGGACAAAGAUUUCUCCAAUGAAUAUUGAACCUAACAACACAUGUGGCUUAUAUCUAAACUAACGCAUUCUAGCCAUUGGCGGUCUGGCAAUUUCAAAGGAUAAUUAACAGAGCUCUAAAAGCAACAUUGAGGCGCCGAAGUUGUUCAUCUUGCUUCUGAUUUGAUUAAGGAGGCAUUAUUAGGCAAUAGUUGUGAAAUUUAAUUUGUAUUGUAAAAUAACACAAAAAAUCAAUACUUAAAACUUUUGAGAAAUUGUAAAUUAUAAAAAUUUAAUAAUUAAUACUAACUUUAUAUGUAAAAUAUGGAAAUUUUGUUAAUGCAUAAAUGAUAGCCGCCAAAACGUUUGUAAAAAUGAAAGUUUACUUUCUACUAAAAUGUUAAUAUAUAAAAAUUAUUCUAUAAUAAUUAUUAAAAAUGUGAAAUAGCAUACU